AUGAUUCCCCCGAAAGCGGAGCGUAAUCAUCUCGCUUUCCCAGUCCCUCCAUCUACUCCUACGCUUGCUGCACUUUUGCCCGCUUCGCACCCUCCAGCUCUGUCUCAAUCUCCAACCAGCCUCGCCAUGGAUACAGCCAUUGAUCUGUCCGAUGCCUCUAAGGCAUUGGACCUCGCCAACAUCCGCUUCCAGCUAAUCCGUCUUGAAGACACAAUCACCUUCCACCUGAUUGAACGGGCGCAGUUCCCUCUCAACAAGCCCGUCUACCUACCCGGCGGGGUAAAAAUCCCUGGCACCGAGCUCAGUCUUCUCGACUACUUCCUUCGCGAACGUGAACGUCUGGAGUCCCGUGUUCGUCGGUACCAGUCUCCCGAUGAAUACCCUUUCUUCCCCGACGCGCUGGAAGAGCCCAUCCUCGCCCCGAUCCAGUACCCCAAGAUCCUGCAUGACAACGACGUCAACGUCAACAGCAUCCUGAAACAGCGCUACAUUGAGGAUAUCCUUCCCGCUGUGUGCGCGCAGUUCGGACGUGAAGAUCGCGGCGAAACGCAGGAGAACUACGGAUCCGCGGCGACAUGCGAUGUGCAUUGCUUGCAGGCGCUGUCGCGGAGAAUCCACUUUGGAAAGUUUGUCGCGGAGGCUAAGUUCCAGCAGGAGACCGAGCGCUUUGUUAAGCUGAUCAAGGCGAAUGAUCGUAAGGGCAUUGACGAGGCUAUUACCAAACCCGAAGUAGAGCUGAAGGUGUUGGAGCGGUUGGCGCUCAAGGCGAAGACGUAUGGUACCGAUCCGGGUUUCCAACCUGAGAACGGACCUAAGAUCAAUGUUGAUGCUGUGGUGGCCAUGUACAAGGAAUAUGUCAUCCCGCUCACCAAGGUCGUCGAGGUAGACUACCUCAUGCAGCGACUCAAGGGCACGCAAUGGGAGUAA